CAAAUGGCGCCUAUGUUCUUGGUGUUACUCCUGGGAAUCUCUGCGACAUUGGCGCUAGAACAGCGCCAAAAUCUCACAUUUCCUCUUGCGAUCUCGACCUGGUCGUUCGUCGAGGCUGUGCGAUCCGCCCGGCGAGCGCUGGAGUCCGGCCGCUCGGCUGUGGAUGCCGUGGUGGAAGGCUGCUCCACCUGCGAGAGAUUGCAGUGUGAUGGAUCUGUUGGCUAUGGCGGUAGCCCGGAUGAGAGCGGUGAGACGACGCUGGACGCGAUGGUCAUGGACGGGGUAUGGUACGUCCCAUCUCGAUCCAUUCCUGGGAUUCUUUGGUUUUCACGAGAGAUCUUGCAGACUACCAUGAAUGCUGGCGCUGUGGGAUCGCUUCGUUUCGUCAAGGACGCCGCCAUGGCUGCCAAGCUCGUCCUCCUCCACACCGAGCACACGCUCCUCGUUGGCGACCAGGCAUCGAAGUUUGCGAUCUCGAUGGGACUCCAGGGACCAGUGAAUCUCAGCACCGAUGAAUCGCUUGGCAAGACGCGAUCGUGGGUGGGGAAUUCAUGCCAGCCCAACUUCUGGAAGGAUGUGGUUCCGGAUAGCAAGCUUUCGUGCGGACCUUAUCACACUUCUCCGCCAUCGCCACCUUUGGAGGCCAAGCUUGGGUGUGGUGGCGAUUCCACGAGUUUGUCACGAGGAAUAAGCUCUCACAACCAUGACACGAUCUCCAUGGCAGCGAUCGACAAGGAAGGAAACAUAGCAGUCGGGACUUCCACGAAUGGAGCUACUCAUAAAAUCCCUGGAAGAGUUGGAGAUGGACCGAUCGCUGGAGCUGGAGCUUACGCUGAUUCGGAAGUUGGAGCUUGCGGAGCCACUGGAGAUGGAGACGUGAUGAUGCGCUUCCUCCCAUGUUACCAGGUUGUAGAGAGCAUGCGCCGGGGCAUGACUCCUCAGCAAGCGGCAGACGACGCCAUCGCUAGAAUCCGGCGAAAGUACCCCGACUUUGUUGGAGCGCUCUUCGCGAUUAACAGGCAGCUCGAGCACGCUGGUGCCUGCCAUGGAUGGACGUUCCGCUACUCCGUGUGGAGCAAAGGAAUGGACGUUGUGGAGGUGAUAACAGUGCUACCGAGCGAUUGAUCAAGUUCAUUCCUGUGUUUGGGUGCUGUAAAUCACAAACUUUAAUCCAUUGAAACCACAAGCUUGCAAAAA